AUGAGUUUCUCUACCGCUUCCGUCGCCAAAGAUGCUGGUUCUCUGCGCCUGCGCCAGAGGCAGACCUUGUCUGAUGGCAACAGCGAGGAUUUAGACCCCUCAAUCACCAAGGACGGCGAGACUGAAACGAUCGAGGACUUGGAGCAGAAGCCCAAGAAGACGUUUGGUCGAACCCCGGAUGGCACAGUCUUCACUGUACCUACGACCCAUGACAUGGUGUCGCAGCUGCUUGACCCGAGACAGCCCAAGAACCUCUCUGACGUGCUCGUUCUGGCCAUCCUCGCCCUUCAAAUCAGCGCGGCCUACUACCUCCCCAGCAACCUGAAGCGCCCCAUCUUCGCCCUCGUGUUCCUUUUCUGGCGCGCCGCCUACAACAUCGGCAUCGGCUACCUCCUCACCAUCCAGUCCAAACAUCGUAGGCUGGAGACGUGGGCCGCGAGAUGGAAGCUCUUUGAGCAUCCCGGUUCCGGCAAGCAGCCCCGGCCCUGGCUCUACAACAUGCUCAAGCGCGAGCUCGAGACAAAGAUCCCCGAGGACUACGAGUUCGAAAAGGCCCCAAUGGAGUACAACACCUGGCUCGUCUUCCGCCGUGUUGUCGAUCUGAUUCUCAUGUGUGACUUUGUGUCCUACUGCCUCUUUGCCAUGAUCUGUGGCCACACCCCCGAGGGCGAGAAUGUGUUGGUCGGCGUCGGUCGGUGGUCCAUCGGCAUUCUCCUGGUUCUCUUCAACCUCUGGGUCAAGCUCGAUGCCCAUCGUGUCGUCAAAGACUACGCCUGGUACUGGGGUGACUUCUUUUACCUCGUCGACCAGGAGCUGACCUUUGACGGCGUCUUCGAGAUGGCACCUCAUCCCAUGUACUCGAUUGGCUAUGCCGGUUACUACGGCAUCUCCAUGAUGGCCGCGAGUUACGAGGUCCUCUUCAUCUCCAUCAUUGCCCACCUCGCCCAGUUUGCCUUCCUGGUGAUUGUCGAGAACCCGCACAUUGAAAAGACGUACAACCCGCCUGCCCCUCGCAAGCGGGUCGCUUCGACGCCCAUCAGCGGUCAGCCGGAGCUUGUCGCCAUCAAGUCGUCAGACACUGAGGAUAUUUUGGUUGACCAAGCCUCCGUCUCCCCGGAGCUGGCGUCCCAAGAGGCGCCGCCCCAGGUGCACAACUUGAUUGGCCUGAGCAACAUCGAUCUGUUCCGCAUCACGGACACCUCCGUCUUGCUGCUCGGCUUCUACCUGGCAGUCCUGACCCUGGUCACGCCGUCAACCCCGCUGUACCAGGUCCUCUUCGUUCUGCAUGCUCUGUUCUGGCGCGUUUGGUAUCACCUGGGCCUCGGCGCCAUCCUCGCGUGGCAGUCGCGCAACAAAUUUUGGACGAGGCACUUUCUCAAGUACGGCGAGAGUCACACCGAGGCCUGGAACCAAUGGAAGGGCAUGUACCACCUCAGCUUGGUUAUGGUGACGGGCUCCUUCAUGGCGGCGUGCUGGAAAAUGUACUCACCGCCCGAAGACUGGGCCUACGGAUGGGUCCUUCUCAAGCACGUCGUUGGAGCCGGCCUUGUUGCGCUGCAAAUCUGGACGGCCGCAAGCGUCUACGAAUCGCUCGGGGAGUUUGGCUGGUUCUACGGCGACUUCUUUUACGACUCGACCGCCAGGCUGACAUACAAAUCCAUCUACCGCUUCCUCAACAACCCGGAACGAAUCUUCGGGACGGCUGGCCUGUGGGGAUCUGCUCUCAUCACGUGGAGCAGAGCCAUAUUCAUCAUGGCGCUGGUUAGCCAGCUAUUCACGUUGGGCUUCAUUAACUUCAUCGAGAAGCCGCACAUGCAAAAGACCUACGGCAGGGGGCUCCGACAGGAAGCAGGCCUGACAAAGUUCAUCAAACGUUCUCUCCCGCCGCCCGUCCAGGGAUGGCAGCGAGGCGUCGAUAAGGUGAUUGAUGAUACGGCGCAGUUCAUUGAGGAGUUUCUCGACACCGCGCGCCCGAAGUUCGCCUCCGGCAUCAAGACCUUCGUUCGCGAUACCUCGGCCUUGUUCAACAAGUAUCCGGCGCGUCUGACCGUGACUCGAUUGUCCCCCGAUCUUGCCGGUCUGGACCCAAAGUUCUACUCCCUCUCCGUAGAAGGCACUCCCUCGAGUCACUCGGCCGUGAACGAGCGCGCCACCGGGAAAGAGAGUGUGACGGCACGCUUCCACCGUGGGGCCGAGACGUUGAUGUUCGACUACGGCUCCCCUUUGAAGGUCAAGUGGCGCGCCCCUGCGAAGCACGACAGCAAGGACUGGAUCGGACUUUACAUGGUGACCGACAACCGCUCCAGAGAAGUAACGGAGGUUUCGUCCCUUGGCCGGUGGGUGCCCACGACGCCCGGUAUUUACGACGCCGCAACGGCGGACAAGGCAAUCUUGGUCCCAGACCGCCCCGUGAAAAGGCAGGAUCCGUCCGACCCCGACUUGGUCGAGGGCGAGGUGAUUUUCGAGGGCGACCGGCUCUGGUGGACUCAGGGGGUCUUCGAGUUCCGGUACCACCACGCUGGAGCCCACCAUGUCAUGACCAUCUCGCAGCCCUUUGAAAUUCGCAUCGGCAAGUUUGACGAGGAUGAUGUUGAGGUUGACGCCAAUGGCAUGUACGAGAAGGCCGUUGAGCAAGCUCUGCUGCCCCUCGUACAAAAUUGCUGCGAUCGGGAUCCCGACAUCGCGCCCACCACCGUCGACGAAGCGUUCGGCGGCUAUGUCGAGCGGGACGGAAAGUACGCAAAACGCAUCGUCUACGCUAUUCACCAGAUGUUUGGCAUCGAGUUUGCACCCGCGAUCGUGCCCGCUGACGGGAAUGUCAAGAAGAUGGCUUGGAGGAUCUGCAACGCAAAGCAGGUUCUGUUUGUCGCAUUCCAAGGGAAAUACUACUCCCACGAGGUUUGA